AAUACAACAACUUGUUGUGAUUUUAGUAUUGAACCCAGAAAAAUAAUAUGAAUUUUUGGGAACUAUUGAAUUUAACGGGAUUGGAGGUGAGUGAGUUUUGUAGUUUAGUGAUUACGUGCUUAUCCCACCCACUUGUCCUCAUUUCCCCUAACCUAACUGUAGCCUUUUCAAUUCCACUCACUCACUCACUCACUUCCUCAUUAUCAACUUUCAGAUCUCUUCUCUUCUCUUUCUUUCUUUCUUUAUGUUCUUUUCUUCCUUCCAUUUCUCAACAACAAAAAAUUCUCAAUAAUCACCACCGUUAAUUAAUUCAAUGGCUUCCAACAACACCAAUCACCACCGUUCAAUCACAGACAUCAACGGCUCACAUCCAAUCCCCAAAAAACCCAAACUCUCUUCUUCUUCUUCUUCAUCUUUCAUAACCGUUUCCGAAAUUGAAUCUGAAUUCUCCCACCACGACACCACCAUCGCUCGCAUCAACAACGGCAGCUUCGGCUCCUGUCCAUCCUCCAUCAUCUCCGCUCAACAACAAUGGCAACUCAAAUAUCUCCGUCAACCAGAUCACUUCUACUUCAACUAUCUCAAACCAGCUAUCAACAAUUCUCGCUCAAUUAUCAAAGAUUUAGUCAACGCUCAAAACCUCGACGAAAUUUCAAUCGUCGAUAACGCAACCACCGCUGCUGCUAUCGUUCUUCAACAUACCGCUUGGUGUUUUCGUGAAGGUAAAUUCAAUAAAGGUGAUGUAGUUGUUAUGCUUCAUUAUGCUUAUGGUGCUGUUAAGAAAUCUAUGGAAGCUUAUGUUACUCGUGCUGGUGGAAAAGUAAUUGAAGUUCCUCUUCCUUUUCCGGUGAAUUCUAAUGAUGAGAUUGUUACUGAAUUUAGAAAAGCUUUGGAGAAAGGAAAAAUCGAUGGAAAAAAAAUUAGGUUAGCUGUGAUUGAUCAUGUUACUUCUAUGCCUUGUGUUGUUAUUCCUGUUAAGGAAUUGAUUCGAAUUUGUAGAGAUGAAGGUGUUGAACAGGUUUUUGUUGAUGCUGCUCAUUCGAUUGGAUGUGUUGAUGUUGAUAUGCAAGAGAUUGGUGCUGAUUAUUAUACUAGUAAUUUGCAUAAGUGGUUUUUUUGUCCACCUUCGAUUGCGUUUUUGUAUACUAAGAAGAACCCUAAAAGUGGUGGUAGUGAUUUGCAUCAUCCUGUGGUGUCUCAUGAGUAUGGAAAUGGAUUGGCUGUGGAAAGUGCUUGGAUUGGGACAAGGGAUUAUAGUGCUCAAUUGGUGGUUCCAAAUGCUUUGGAGUUUGUGAAUAGGUUUGAAGGUGGUAUUGAAGGGAUUAAGAAGAGAAAUCAUGAAGUUGUUGUUGAGAUGGGAGAUAUGUUGGUUAAGGCUUGGGGAACUCAUCUUGGGAGUCCUGCACAUAUGUGUGCUAGUAUGGUUAUGGUUGGUUUGCCUACUUGUUUGGGGAUUCGUAGCGAUGCUGAUGCACUCAAGUUGAGGGCACAUUUGAGGGAUGUUUUUGGAGUUGAAGUUCCUAUAUACUAUAGACCACCUAGAGAUGGAGAAGUUGAUCCUGUAACGGGGUAUGCUCGGAUUUCUCAUCAGGUUUACAAUAAAGUUGAGGAUUAUUACAAGUUUAGGGAUGCUGUUAACCAACUUGUGGAUAAUGGGUUUGCUUGUACACUUCUUUCCGGUUGAAGAGUUGCGAAGUGUCUGUAUCGUCUUUCUGAUGAAUAAAAGCAAUGGUUGUGAUUGCUUGCUUGCUUGCAAGCUGUGCUAGUUGCAAUGGUUUCGGUACCAUGGACUGCAUGUUUUGCAGGUAAACUACAGCAAUUGCUCAUAUUAUAGCUUUGCUGAGUAGAAUUCCCUUGGAGUUGAGUAACUUGAAUAUUGAGAUCUAUAGAUGUAUCAUUGUAAAUAUAACUGUGUUUCUCUCACGGUAUAAUGAUUUUCAGUCAUUAUGCCAAGUUGCCAGCUGCUUCUUCAGGUUUAUAUCUAAUUCUACCGUAUAUUUGAAGUUUGGCAUUUCUAUUUGUUUAAUUUUAUUUUAUUUUUUAAAUUAUUUGGUCUGGAAUUGAUGUGAAGAGUAGAAAAUUGCUAAGGAUUUUGGGCACAUUAAGCAAAUGGUCCGGGGGAACCAAUAUCGCAACCUAAAUUCGCUAACAUAUUUGCACACUAUGUUAGCUUCACGAAUGCUGAAUCCACACAUUUAUUUCUAUUGAA